AUGAACUUCCGUAAACAAUUUUGAUAGAAGUUUUGAUAGUUUUAUUCUAUACACUUGUUUAAUUACAUUAAGUAUUGUCUUGUUUUCUGAUUUCCCAAAACAUGACAGAACAAUUGGAAGUAGCUGUAAAGGCUGGGAGGAUCGACGUCGUGAAUGGAUUUCUUUCCACGUUGGCAGAAAACAAAAGUGAAGAAAAUGCUGCUUUACUGAAGUCAAUUCUGACAACAGCCUGCUAUGAUGGGUCAUCUUUAUUGCAUAUUGCAUCUAAGGAGGAUCAGUUUGAUAUUGUUAGAGCUCUUCUAUCGACUGGUGCAGACCCUACAGUGAAGGAUUUAGAUGGACAUUUCCCAUAUCAGGUUUCAGUCAGUGAAAAAACACGCCAUGUUUACCGAGAACUUCUACUUCAGGCUGCCUCACAAUCCAAAAUACCUCAGUUGAAGCAGCUGAUUGAGAGUGGGGUUGGCGUUAACUUCUCAGAUGCUAAGGAGAGUGCCAACACCCCUCUACAUUGGGCGGCAAGCUUUGCUGACAUCAACACUGUCCGCUGUCUAUGUGAGCAUGGCGCUGAUGUUCAUGCUGUAAACAUGGCUGGCUGUUCCCCGCUGCAUGAUGGAGUGGAAAGGGGAAACAGCGAGAUUGUUCACUGCCUUCUUCAGUAUGGGGCAGACCCUGCUCUACAGAUCACUCAAGGGAAGUGUGCUGGUAUGACAUGCUAUGAGUUGGGAGAGGGUAAACCUGAGGUGUUGGAUGUGUUAAACAACCCGCCGCCCAUACUAGAUGUUGGCAUUGAGGGUGUGAAUAGGGAGAAAAUGACACCAUUGCCAGAAGUAAGGCCACAUCUUACACUUCCUAAUGGGAGCAUACCAAAGAAUGGGCAGUAUACCGCUGCGUGACACUGC